AUGAUUCUAUCGCCGGUAUAUCUACUACUAUGGACGGCCGCAAUUGGUCUCGCAGGUGCCACGAACCAUUCAGUCGGGUACUGCAAUACCUACGACAAUUGCGGCAAAAAGUCCGUGUUCGGUAAACCGUUGCCCUGCGCAAACUUUGUCAAAGCUACAGCCCCCACAGAGGAAUCUCGAGAAAGGCUACGUAAGAUCUGCGGCAGGGAGUACGAUUUGGUCUGCUGCUCGCCUCAACAGAUUGACGACUUGGAAUCGAAUUUGAAAAGAGUCGACCCGAUUAUAUCCUCAUGCCCCGCGUGUCACAAGAACUUCUACAAUUUCUUUUGCCUGCUUAGCUGUGAUCCAAAUCAAAGCACGUUUGCGGAAAUUUUGAAAACUCAACUUGCAAGGGAUACGGGGAAAGAGAUUGUAACCGAGGUGAACGAAUUUGUCGACCCGGCUUAUGCAAAGGAGUUUUUCAAUUCGUGCAAAGAUGUCAAGUUUCUGGCAACCAAUGGAUUCGCCAUGGAUUUAAUUGGAGGUGGAGCUAAAAACUACUCCCAGUUUUUAAAGUUUCUCGGUGAUGAAAAGCCAUUACUUGGUGGGUCUCCUUAUCAAAUCAAUUUCAAAUAUAAACUUACUCCAGAAAUGGAAAAUGAUGGGUUGCAGUUGAGAUCAGAUGUAAUGUACGCUUGCAACGAUGAACAGUACAAGUGUGCUUGCGCCGACUGCGAAAAAUCGUGCCCCAAACUACCGCACGCUGAAAAUUAUGGCAAACGGUGUACCGUGGGUAUUAUCCCUUGCUUUUCGUUUAGCGUGUUGAUGGUUUUGAUUUGCUUGAUACUCUUGCUAGGCGGGUACCACGUUUACUUGGCCAGGGCCAAGCACUUUAGGCAGAGAAGCGGCUCGUACCACAGCGCUGAUGACGGCGAUGAUGAGAUGAUCAACCCUUUGGUGUAUGUCACCGUGAGAAAACCAGCCGUGCGCCGUGUCCUGGAUAGAAUCAACUCGUACAUUCAAGAUUUCUUUGAAAGAUUGGGACGAUUCUGCUCGACUUUUCCCGGAGUGACAAUUGGCUCGUCUCUCGCCGUUGCUAUUCUACUUUCAUUAGGGAUGUUCAAGUUGCAGUUGGAGACGGAUCCAAUUAAUCUUUGGGUGAGCCCCACUGAGCCAGCCUAUAUCAAUCAGCAAUAUUUUGAAACCCAUUUUGGUGAGUGGUUUAGAAUCGAACAAGUCAUUGUCAGCUCGAAAAACAAUGAACCUAUUUUCAACUGGGAUACAAUCCAGUGGUGGUUCGAGCAAGAACUGAAACUCGAGACAAUAAAUAAUAGCAACAACGUCACUUUAUCGGAUCUUUGUUUCAAGCCAUUGGGCGAGACCUGUGCUAUAGAAUCAUUUACACAAUAUUUUCAUGGCGACAUCAAUGAGUUGAACAAGAACAACUGGCAGGAAAAGCUUCAGGAGUGCGCCGACUCUCCCGUCAACUGUUUACCUACAUUUCAGCAGCCAUUGAAACCGCAAUUGUUGUUUGAUAAUGUCGACAUUGCCAAGGCCACUGCGUUUAUAGUGACUGUAUUGAUCAACAGUGACUCAGCCAACGCAAAAUCAACCAAUGAUACAGUAUCAUACGAACAUUCAUUUCAACAAUGGGCCCGCGACUUGCAAUUAAACAACAAUUUGGAUUUGAACAUUGCUUAUAGCACCGAGGUUUCAUUAACGGAAGAGCUCAACCAAUCUUCAAACACGGAUAUCCGUAUCGUGUUGAUAUCAUACAUCGCCAUGUUCAUCUACGCUUCAUUGGCUCUUGGUGGGAAAUUGCCCAAAAAUAUCUCACUUAGAUCCCUUGUAAAGACAAGAUUCAUGUUGGGAUUGAGUGGCAUUAUAAUAAUCAUGUUAUCAGUUACAGCAUCGGUGGGGGUUUUUUCCAUGAUUGGAUUAAAGUCAACUUUAAUCAUUGCUGAAGUUAUCCCGUUCCUUGUGUUAGCAAUUGGAGUCGAUAACAUCUUUUUGAUUGUUCACGAAUUACACAAGAUUACCGAACACGAGCCCGAGUUGGAUGUCCAACUUCGCAUUGCGUUGGCAAUGAGAAACAUUGGGCCCUCGUGUUUCAUUAGUGCCGUUUUGCAAAUCUCCAUGUUUUUGCUUGCUACUGUUGUUGACAUGCCUGCAGUUAAAAACUUUGCAAUUUAUAGUGCUGGUGCUGUUGCCAUCAAUUUUAUUUUGCAAAUCACUUGUUUUGUUGGAUUGUUGGCUGUGGAUCAAAGGAGAUUAGAGCUGAAUCGCGUCGACUGCGUGCCUUGGAUCUCCAUUCCCGCAUUCAAACUAGCCGAUGGAGCAGCAGCAGCAGGUGAAGCAGAUGAAGAAGAAGCACGAGAAGCGGAGAAGCACUUGGAAUAUGAUUUUUCAAGCUGGUUAAAGUCAAAGUAUGCUCCAUACAUAUUGGGUAGGACCACCAGACCCAAGAUCUUGACUUUGUUUACAAUCUGGGCUGGGGUGUCACUUAGUUUGUUCCCCGGUAUUAAGUUUGGAUUAGACCAGAGGAUCGCUUUGCCUCGGGGCUCAUACCUUGUUGAGUAUUUUGAUUCGAUUUAUUCUUAUUUUAAUACGGGCCCACCUGUUUUCUUUGUGGUGAAGGAUUUGGAUGUCAGAGAACGAGUUUACCAAAAGGAAAUAUGUGGCAAGUUUUCGGCGUGUAAUGAGUAUUCACUUGCUAAUAUCUUGGAGCAGGAAUUUAAGAGAAGUAAAAAAUCCAUGAUUGCCGAGCCAACGAGCAAUUGGUUGGACGAUUUUUUGACUUGGUUGAACCCCGAUUUAGAUCAAUGUUGUCGGUUCAAAAAAUCAAGUCUAAGCUUCAGUUCGAUGGUAUUUGAUACUACUACUACUACUCCUACCAAAAAGCAUUUGCCAGAGUUUUGUACUCCAUAUGCACCAGAGCGUCAGUGUCAAGCGUGCUUUGCAGGACAUGAACCACCAUAUAGUGGCGACAUGGAUGCUUUUCCUCAAGGCAAAGAGGAGUUUAUGUUUUAUUUCAAUCAGUGGAUUCAAGAACCGAGUGACCCUUGUCCCUUGGGCGGUAAGGCGCCUUAUUCCAAUAGUAUAUCACGGAGCCACGACGAAAUUAAGGCAAGUUAUUUCCGAACUGCACAUACUCCACUACGUUCGCAGGAUGAUUUCAUUGCUGCUUACAAGAAUUCCUUGAGAAUCGUGCGUGAAAUCAAGAGAUUUAUACCCGAUUUAAAAGUAUUUAGCUGGUCACCUUUUUAUAUUUUCUUUGUUCAGUAUUUGAACAUUGUUGGAUUAACGUUUGGCUUGACCAGUGGAGCCAUUGCCCUCAUCUGGCUUGUUUGCACCAUAUUGUUGGGAUCAAUGAGAUCAAGCACUGUUAUAUCGGUGAUAAUCACGUCUAUCAUGAUCAACAUGGGAGGCGUAAUGGCGUUGUGGGACAUUUCCUUGAAUGCCGUCUCCUUGGUCAAUUUAAUCAUCUGCUGCGGAUUAGCUGUUGAGUUUACCAUCCAUCUUACAAGAGCAUACACCGUGUCGAAGGUGUCUAUAUUUGAAGAUGAAAACGAAGAGACUAUUUACAAUAACUUGAUGAAUUUGGGAGGAGGAAGCAGUAUUGGCGGUGGCGGUGGUAAUGGUGGUGGUGGUAGCAAUUCUUCACUAUCGUCGAUUGGAGAGUUUAAUGCCAAAUUAAGAUACGCCAAGGCAUUUAAUGCCUUGACUACAGUUGGUGGAUCGAUAGUUGGAGGUAUAACCUUGACAAAAUUAUUGGGGAUUUCGAUUUUGGCGUUUACAAGAUCCAAGAUAUUUGAAGUCUACUAUUUUAGAAUGUGGUUUAGCUUGAUCAUCAUUGCCGCGUUACAUGCGUUGAUCUUGUUACCCAUCGUGUUGAGUUUAUUUGGUGAUUUGAACAAGUCAAAUACUAUUGUUUACGACGAUAGUCAAUUGAGUGGACAAUUGGGAGGUGAGGCUGAUAUAAGCAGAGACGACGUUGAUAUCAAUGGUGAUGAAACUAACAGUAGUAUGGAUCUGUAA